UGGCAAAAACGCCUCCUUUUUCACUCACGUGCGGUCGUUUUCCGCAUCGAAACCUGCCGUCCAGCUUCCACCUCUUCCGGUGUAUGUCCACCCGAAGUGGAACAGCGCACAGUUGGACCCAUCAAACAGCGAGUUGAGUUCUGCGACGAAUGUGUGAGACUCUCGUCUUUUUCUUUUCCACUUUUCCUUCGUUUCUUUUCUUGAAGACGGCUUCCUCCCUCGCUUCUCUCUGCACUCUUGGCCGCUUUUCCGGCGUUUUCUCUCGCAAAUGCUCGCGGCAACCUCGACUCCGAACCACGAAGAGUAGAGAGCAACGGCGGGGGCUUGCACCUCCCUUUCACGAGGCAUCUUUCCCCAGUUUCGCUAGAGAACGCGCAUGCGCCGUCGCCGGCUUCCUCGGUCUUCUUCAGCCACAAAAGCUGCGGUGUGGUGGAGCUCCUGCGGGUAGGCCUUCUUCGGCUCUACGUACACGAGACAGCUGCUCUGGCCCUUGCGACCGGUGGCGGGGGAACAGCGGCGGUCUCUCUGUACCCGGUUCAAAGUAAAAGCUCUCCUCAGUUUCUUUCAUGCAGCUGCGUAGGCGCCUUGGGUGCUUGCUCAGGGCUCGGCCCUUAGGGAAGAAAACUGCUUGUUUGCGUCGAAGUUCAUCGCCUCGAGCAACCGCUUUCCGGUAUGGACGGCGCGCAGGCGCGGAGAAGCUUUAGCCUGUGUAGGCGGGAGGAAAGCCUUUGGACAGAUCCUCUAAGGACGUAUCCUCGACACAAGAAAGACUUUUUUCGCUCUUUUUACGGUGACAAUCUCCGAGGAAAGAAACUGAGGUAACGCGAACGGAGAGGCAGGCGCAACGACUCACACCGUCGUGUCUCUUCGUCAACUGCUUCCUAACAGGAUGGCUUCUGAUUCCCUGUCGCGUCGCCGUCGCACAGACCUCGUCAGUGAAGCCGCAACUUUCUUUUUCUCUGGAUCCGUUGCGCCGGGACUCUUUCAAGUGUAUCUUUUUUCCAGAAAAAGGUCUUUUGGAGCAUGACACCACUUGGAAGCUAGUCGCCUGACGGGGCGCUGUCAUCACCGCGAGCGUCGCGUUUGUCUUUCUUCUUCUACCGACUUCUUGUCCCCGUUCGUUUUUUUGUCUCGUUUCUUCUUCUCGUUCCUCGCCGUCUGUCUGCGCGCUCGACUGCUUGUUUUCGCCUUGCGAUGAUGCGUUGGCAGCUUCGUUUUCCUGUUCCCCAGCAUUUUCUCCCCUCUUUUUUCCCCAGUCAUCUUCGCUGACCUCUGUGCGGAUCUCCAGUCUUGCCAAGGGGGCUUCUGAGGAGACACGUUCAGAUACAUCCGCGGUUUCCGAGUCUGAACUUUCCUCCCCCUCUCCCAGGGCUGUCCUGUCCGAGGUCUCCCCUCUCUCGCUCCGUCUUCCACUUUUCAUUCCGUGUCUUUGCGGGUCUCUUUCUUGUUCUUCGUUUCGUUUUACUGCGUAUUUCCGACCAAAAUGGCGUCUUCUGUCACCUCUGUUCCGCCUUCUUCUGCCUCUUCGUCUUCGCCGUCUGCUCCCUGUUCGCCCUGUUCGUCGCCUUUGCGUUCCGGCGCGCAGAGCUCUUCGACGAUUUGCGUCGAGAGCGAGAAGCCGCUGGAUCCGCUGCUGCAGCUUCUGGAGGAGCAGCGGGGGGCAACAAAGGCUCUUGAGCGUUUCUGCCAGGACGUUGUGGCUGCGGAGAACGAUUUGAUGCAUGCGUUGUCGAAGGCGAAGGGCCUUGCGGCAGACAGCUGUGCGCCUGCUUGUCUUUCUCCAGCUGACGCCCGGAAGCAUCUCCAGGAGCUGCUCCUCCUCCAUGGGAGCCAAAAGCAGGGGGGCUUCGCUGCCUGUUCUCUCUCUCCUCCCUCGCCUUCGUCUUCGCCAUCGCUCGCUGCUUCCUGGACACACACCUGGGAGGGAAGUGCAACAGCGAGAGAAGAGGAUGGAGAGGCGCACCCAGAAGGAGGGAAAGAAGAACAAGAACGAGGGCAGGCAGUCGAGGCCGUUGUUUCGCCUGAUUCUGUAGCCUCUGACGUGAAGCCAGAGAACGCAGACCCGACAGACGGGAGAGGCCAGGACUCUCCACAGGGAGAGAGAAAGAACUCGCCUUCUCCAACCCACGCUCCGUCUUCCCUGACAUUGAGACCUGAGUUGACUCCAAGCGCGGAAUCUCUCCCGAAAAGGCCUCACCUUGAACUUUCUGCCGGCUCUUCUCCCUCGACUGCCCCCGCCUCUGCAGCUCUUCCUCCCUCGCCGUCUGUCUCUGCGCUCGAGUCUCCUUUCCUUGGCUUCUCCUCGUCACCCUCGCCCUCUGUACUCUCUUGCUCGCCUGUUUCUUUCGGCGCUUCUCCAGCAACUCUUGGGCCUGUCGCCUCCCCGCUCCGUGCAUGCCUCGCCGGCCCCGCUUCGGCGUCCGAGGCCGUCUCGAGUUUGCAGGAGACAUAUGGGCCUUGUGAGGAAGUCGUUUCUCUCGUCGGCCGUUCCCUCUUCUUCUUCGUCUGCGAGCACCUCCAACACCACGCAGAGUUGCGAGCGUCGUUUGCGGCGCUCGCGAAAGCCGCGGCCCAUCAGCAGACGUUCGUUCACUCGGAGAAGAGCCGACUCGACCAGCUGCUCCCGAAACUGACUUCCUCCUUCCGGCUCGCGCGCGAGAGGAAGACGCGCGCCUUCUCACGGUACGAGAAGGCCGUCACCGAGGCCGAGGCAGCCGUCGUCUCCCGGGAGCGACUCAAGACGCAGAACCUGAACAGCGUCUGCUCUUCUGGCGCGGCCUCAGCCUCCGGCGCUCCUCCGUUCUGGGCUCUCUCCGCCUCGCAGACCCCUGGGGCGGGGGCGCCUUGCGGGACCGGGCAGGCCCCGGGGCGCGGCGGCGGAGCCGGUGCGCCUCCAGGGAUAGAGGCCUUGGGCUCCAGCCUGCUCGCGGCGCCGCGGCCUGACGCCGGGAAGAGCCAGCGCGAGAAAUCCGGACCCGGCGCCGUGUCACUUCUCCUCCCGCAGCUGCAGCGCCAGAAUCAGCGUGCGGACCAGCUGUUUCAGGUGUACGUACAGUCCAGACGCGAGUACGGAGCCGCGAGCGUGGCGGCUGCGAAGGCCGCGACGUCUCUGCAGGCAGUGGUCGCGCACCUCUGGGCGGAGGAGCAGGAGUUUCUUGAGCGCGAGUUUUUACGCAAACAAAAGGCGACUUUGGUGGGCGUUUUCCGCACACUCGCGCGAUUCGUCGACUGCGAAGAAAAAGCCGAGAGAGCACUCGAAAGCGGUCUUGCCGAGGCCCAGAAGGCGCUUCUCCCCGCCGUCACCCGCUGCCUCGUUGGAGACUCCGACGCGACGCGCUUCGCCUCGCGCAUCUUUGUCAUCGGUGAUGCUCGCCAGCAGGAGGGAGAGCGAGAAGAGGGGCGAGGACCAGAGGGACCAGCGUGCGAAAGGGAGGCUCGCAUAGCUGAGCACAGCCAUGGCGGAGGUUGGGAAGGCCGAGAGGGAAGAGACGUCGACAACGCGGCUAGGGAGGUGGAGAAGAAAGGCGAAUGGCAUGCAGGCAAGUUGGAAGGAAAGAACGCGUCUGCUUGUGGCGAAGAAGGAACAGGCGAGGUGGCGGUCGACGAGGCUCCGGCCUGUGGGACUCCCAGGCGAGAGCAGGAAGAGGAGACACGAGGGACAGAAACGAGGAAGAAGACGGGAGACAGCGACGGGGCGAGGCCAGAGACUGAGCGGUGCCGGUCUGACGAGAGAACUGCAGGUGCGGAACUGUCGUCGGUGCUGGCGGACGCGCGGGAUCUGUGUGGGCGCCUUCGCGCGAGCAAUCGGCGUCUCCAGUCGAUGCGGUCGCUGGUGCGUCUUCUGAUCCAGUCCCUGUGUACGUACCAGAAAGCGCUUCUCGCUGCAGCGAGCUCUCUAGGCUCUUUCUCCGCUCCUGUGUCGGCGGGGCCUGACGCCUCGCUCGCCGCAAGUGUCUCCACGGGCCCAGGAGUCUCCGCGGGUGUGGGGCCUUCGCGGGGCGCGGAGCCGCUGCUCAUGGCAGGGUGCUGCUGGCAACUUUUGCAGGCUUGUGUAGGCGAGGUAUCGGAGGUUUGCGACACACUCCGGACUUGCGCCGGGGAGUAUCUGUUGCGGCUUCUGGACGAGAGCGUGAGUCAACAGCAGAGCACGAUCCGGAAGCUCGCCUCUGCCGAAGGAGAUAUGCUGCGUCUGCUCACUGCCUCGCGAGCUGCCAAGUUGGAGACGUUGAACAAGCUCGCGAAAGUCAAAGCAGUUCCAGGAUCCGCGGCGCCUCCAGAAGAGGCUGGAAGACACUCCAGAAGGCGUAUGGACUCAGAGAGUCCUCCCUGCUCCUUCGCUGUCUCGAGGACCUCGCCUGCCGCUCCAGAGGCGCCUUCCAGCUCGAACACUGUGUCUCCUUUUGCCGCUUGUGGGAAUGCCGCGGGCGGAGAGGUCGUCCUGGGCGGGGAGGGCGGCGUCGCUGUGCAUGCCCCGCAGAGCGAGGCGCUCUCCGCUGCGUCUGCAGACGCGAGUUCCUCUCUGGAGCUGUUGCAGGCGUUAAGCGAGCGCUCCGCAGACCAAGAAGUGAUCGCCGCAGGCCGUGUGAAGAAGCUGAUGAAGACUGUCGUCGCGGGCGAGGCCCAGAGGUCCAGUCUCCUUCUCCUCCAGGCGAAGGCGGUGCACCAGGCGAGCAUCGAGGCGGUGUCUGUGGCGGCCGCUGAGUGCCGGGCGGCGAGUCAGCUCGCUGAGCGAGCGCAUGAAAGACAAGCCUUCGUCCGGUGGCUGGCUGAGGUCUUCCCAGUCGCCGAGCGGAGUGUCUUGCGGGGCCUCGAGGGUCGGAGAAACAGCAACCGACGCGCAGCGAGGCGCGCAGAACGUAGGAGCAGCGCGUCUCGCGAAGAAGACGACGUGAAGGCCAAGGCCUCGGGGGUGUGUAGACUAAGAAGCCCCAGGGAACUGAGAGGAGACUGCAAGCGCGCGCAACUGCCAAACACUGCUUUGGACGCGAGUCUCGACGGAGAGCGAACCACAGACAGAGACACGGGAACUCUCGAAAGAAACAAGCAAGCAGUGGCCAGCGAGGCGGAAACUAGAGAAGAGGAGGCAGUUGAGGAGACGCUCGCAGAGACCGCGGGGGCGAGGCGCGAGGGAGAGGAGACGCCGGCGGCCGAGAGCCUAGAUUCCAAGGGCAAGUCUGCCCUAAACUCGUAUGCAUCCCUUUCGCUGCAGACGGCACCGAGUACGACGUCGCUGGCCGAGCAGAGACCUGCCGCGAGCGAGGUUCCUCUCUCGGCUGCCGAGGUCGCAGGUCGCAAGGAGCUGCGUGCCGACGGCUUAUACUCCGAGAAACAGGAGACAGAGCGCCAAGAGAACGAGCAGGCUCCAGCGUCUCCCGCCUCGCCGGGGGCCUCUUCCUUCGGCACCGAACAGCCGUCUGUGGAGCUUGUGUCUUCUUCCUCCCUGUAUCUCUCCUCAGGACCCUCUUCUCCCGGCAGAGUCAGACGCGAGGUGAGGCCGGGUGCAUGCAGACGCGGCUCGCGUUCGCUGUCGGAGGAAUCCUUCGCCUUCUCGCCUCCUUCCUCUCUCCCAGAGUCCCCGGCGUCGUCGCUGCGGCGCGUGAGGACCCGCGGGGAGUUUCCGGGGAGUUUUCCGGGCGACGAGAAGAAGAAACAGAGACACAAAGAACGCGAAAGAGAAACGCGACGCCCGAACGAACUCGAGAGACCCCCCACAGUGCUCGUCGCUGCUGCCGAGCGGAUGAAGCGCGUCGAGCAAGCCGCACUCUGGUGGCGGGAGGUUGUGCGACUAUCGUCUCCUCCGUCUCCUAUCUCUUCGCUUUCUCCUGCGGUUUCUGGGAGCGCCGGAUCGAGCGAGAGGGGGCGUCUCAUCAGCUGCGUCAAGGGGAAGGAAGUCUGCGAGAGAGAAGGCGCUGGCAAGUGCGAGAAGAUGAAGACGGCUGAGGAGUACGAGAAAGAGCUGCCCGUUUCAGCUGUCAUGGCACUGGAAGAGGGCACUGUCAAGCUGAAAUGCGCGGCGGUGUGCGACUUUGACGGAUCUGAAUUUGACGCCCUGACUGCCUCCUCCUUCUCUUCAGUCGUGCGUCGAGACGAGGGAAGCAGUCGUUUCUUCUUUCGACGUGGAGACAUCCUCAGGGUCACAGUUCCUGUGGGCUCUCUCUGGGAAGGCCUCGACCCGCGCGGUGUCGCCGGUGUAUUUCCUGCCAGCUGCGUGUUCGUCCCGGCAGACAGUGUGUGGGCGACUCGGCCAGCGAUGCAAGACAAAGAGAGGGGUUCCCUGGAGAGACUCGUGCUCGACUUCUUUUCUGCGUCGCGGAGCUCGUCGAGUUCUUCCGCCUCGCCGCUCUUCCACCCUGCCUCAGCGGGGAUACAAGACAGUUCGCCGAGACGAACCUCGAAAGAAGACGACCCAGACGACGGAGAAGGCCUCGCUGUGAGCGCCAGCGAGAGACAGGCGGCAGCGCUGCCUGGGCCGUCAGACACGCCGCGUCCGUGUGGGUCUACCAAGUCGGAGGAGCCUGCAUGCGAACCAGCUGAGGAAGCCGUUGAGCCUCGGCGCUUGCCGUCGACUCGCGUCGCGCCUCUCUGCUUCGCGCCUACGCGCCGCAUCCAGCCUCACAGGAAAAGGCAUGAGAUCCGAAACGAGAGCGACAGCGGACGAGACGUGAGUCCGCCGGACUCGCAGCGCGCGGAGGGGCAAGGAGAGAACCCAGAGAACGGAGAAGAAGGAGAGACGAAGGCACAGGGAGAAGGCGAGGAAGCGCGGGAGGAACUGGAGACGCAGGAGGAGAUGGAGAGUGAGAGGAAAACGGAGGAAGACGGGGAAGACGCGGGAGAAGAUGGCCAAGUGCGCAUGCAUUUCAGGAAAGGCUACAGCGAAGGCGACGCAACGUACAUCGAACAAGAGAAGAGACUUCGCGCGACGCCUCUACCGGGCCUCGCUUCGGGUGAAGAAGGCGAAGACAGAGAACUCACAGGACCGGGAGGCUCCAGGCAGAUAAGCCGAGCGGAAAGUGCCGUGAGCUUCUGGUACCGAGAAGGCGUCGACGGACGCCCUACCGGAGACUCCACCGCAGCAGCGGCCGCUGCCGUCGCUGCUUCUCUGAGCAGCUACGACCGCCUCCAGCAAGAGGAGUUUCGUCAGAGAUUUGGGAUAGCCGAGUUUGUGCUGCAGUCGUACAGCUGUGCACUGUCGAGGCGCAUUCUGCUUCAGGGCAGGCUCUACGUGACGCAGAAUACUCUCGCCUUCUUCUCCUUCUUCAACGAAACCACCAUCUUUGGCCUCGAGACUGUCCUCGUCAUCAAGAUGCAAGACAUCGUCGCCGUCAGAAAGAAAGUGAACGCGUUCUUUUUCGACAACUCCAUCGAAAUCGAGUUGACGGAUGACCGUCGUCACUUCUUCGCAACCUUCAUCAACCGGGACAAGGCUUUCGACUUCAUCCUCGCUCUCUGGGAAAUACACAAACGCAUGGUCGAACAUGGGAGUCGGCGCAUGCUGGAUUCUCCUCUCUACGAGGAGGAAAGGCCUGAAGAAAACGCGUCUGAGCAGUCUCCGGCUUCGGAGAAGCAAUCUCAGCAGUCCCGGCGGCGGCGGUUCGUCGCUGUCAAAGCCGACGCGGCUGCUCCCUUCCCCUCUGACUCCGCGGCGGCGGAUCGGCUUAUACUCGAGGUGAAAGAGGCGCUGGAGAAGAGGGCGAAGAGAGAGAGAGGCGCAGAGGACGAGAGUUGCCAGGUCAGGGAAAACCAAUGCAACGGAGUGAGCGACCAGGAAGAGGCAGGCGCACCAGAAGAAAAGGCGGACUGUCCAUCCUCGCAUCUGAGAACUGUUGUCCCCGGAGAGAAGUACAACGUGACUCUAGGCGACGCCUUGCAUGUACUCUUUGUCGACUUGGACAAUCCACACAACCCUCUGUACCGAGCGAUGGAGGCGCAGGAGGCGUCGAUGAAGCCUCCCUUUCCAGUAUGGGAACCCACGUUGCCGAUUUCGUCGCGAUUUGCCUCGCGCGGCUCUUGCGCAGAGAAACGCCAGAGUGCCGAGAGGACAGAGGACCUGACGAAGGAAGGCGCGCAGGCAACGGAGGAGAACGAGGACGCAGAGACAGAAACGGAGGAGAAAACGUUCAUGGAGUUGACGAAGAGGAGACCCCAGAGACAGCUGACCUACGAGAUGAGCUUGCCGGUGACGACGCUGAAUCGUCUGCUGGGUUUGCCGUCGCGGGCGGAGUUGGAGGAGCGGUACACGGCCUUUGUUCUCUCGGAUGCGAGCGUGGUGAUUCAGAAAGACGCCUUUGUGCGAGGCCUGCCUCUUUCCGAUUGUUUUUUCACUCGCGUGCGAUACCGGUUGACGGCGCUCAACGCCGCCGCAUGCGCUUCCUUCUCCUUCGAACGUCUGAGAGAAAAGCUGAGGCGAGACGGCGAGGAGGAUCAGCUCGAGGCCGAGGAAGAAGAGAACGAAGGGAAGCGCGGAGAGGAGUGUGACGGAGACACGAACGAGGAACAAGGUGGAACAGAGAUGCCGGAGACGCAGCUCGACUUCGAGUACGAGGUCGUUUUUGUCAAGAGCACUUUCCUCCAGGGAAAGAUUUCUUCGCAAGGCGAAGCCCAAGUAGUCGAGGCUCUCGCCCAGUUCCUUCAGUACAGUCGAGAGGCGCUGCAGGCGGCAGUGGCGACCGACGAAGAGCGACCAGACACCGGAAACACGGUCGACGGCAAAACGCCUCCGGAGUCGACUCGCCUUUGUCGUCCUCCCGUGGAGAGCUCCAAUGCGCUGUUUGCAUGUACGACGACCGCGCAGGUGCAGACCCACCGUCGUCUGCGGGCUCUCGCUUCUUGGUCGGCAGGCUCUGUGUUUUCGGUCAUUUCUUUUCUUUUCUCUCGCGCAAAAGACGCACGCCCUGCCAUUUGGAAUACCCUUCUCAGCUUUCUUCUCGGCGUCUGCAGCCUCUCUGCCGUCCUCGGAUUCGCUAGGAAACUCCUCCCCUCUACACCAUUUGAAGGUUUUCUCCUCGUCUUGGUCUGCAUGCUUUACUGGAGGAUUGUCGCACUCGAAACCUGUCUCGACGAGGGUCUUUGAGAGUCUCGGAUUCGUCGCUUCAUGGCUUCACGGGGCGGCCGCCUCGUGACCAGAACGCAUGCAGUCGCAAUUGUUUUUCCUGACAGCGUGGUGACAGGCUUUUCUCAACGUGGAAUCCUCCUGCGGGGCUUGCCGCCGCCAACCUCGGCCGCGCAUGUUUCACAGACGCUCUUUUUUCCAGGGCGAACUGUCUGCUGCCCAGCUCAAAAUGGCUCGAGAGACGCUGCCCGCGGCAGAGGCGCCGAGAGAUCGACCAAGCGCAUGUGAUGUUGCGUUUCGCGAGGUCGUCUGUCAGUUCAAGAACUGGGUGGAUCUCUCGGAGGCGGAAGAGUCGAAGCCGCGCGGUGGAGACGUAUUUGUCUGUGAGGUGUUGAGUUGAGUCUUGUUUUUUUGCUCUGUUUUCUCCGUAUCAUGCGGUGCUUUCCGUUGUCUCUCUUUCGCCUUCGAUCCGUAGGAACGAAGCUGUCACGAGUUUUUUCGAGAGAGACGGCCACUGAUGUGCCUGUGUUCGGAGCUGUGCAGUCGGCGACGAAGCGGCUUUCGAGAGACUGGGAAAAGCAGUACCUGCAGACUGAAGCCGGAGGCCGGGUGCUGCAGAGACAGCAGAGACUCGGCAAGCGUCUGUCGGCGCGCAUAAACGAACAGAGUCUGUUUUUCUAGACAACACCGCACACCGCACCGCCCAGCCACUGUCAACUGAAGACUAGAGGGUCGACGAAACUCAACAUGGACAGGGCAAAACGGGCAGUGGAACGUGUAUGGUUUGCAUGGGCGGAUCUUUCGCUGUCUCGCGCGAAAAUGGUUCGUUUUCGGAGACCGUUCCUGCGAGCGUCUAACGCCUCUGAUGCUUCUGCCUAAUGCGUAGAAAACCGGCGCGUCUGCCGCGCGGCAGGCUGGUGACACUCAGAAAUGGAGUGAUUUUGACAGUUGGGGUUUCCCCGUUGCCGCAUCUCACCUUUUUCCAGCUUCCGACGAGUCGACGCUUUUGAGAACGGCUCUCGAGAGACUCCUGGAACUCGACUGUGAAAGAGCCGACAUAUUCGUCACGUGACCAGCCGGAAAAACGAGGGAAUGCAGAGCUUUCUUUUUGUCGAAAAACGUUCGCCAACCGCAGUGACACCGAGAGAGACGACGUCUUCACAGAUUCCAGUAUGGUCCUCGCCGGACUGUCGAAGUCGUUUCUGUUGUUUGAGAAGAGGCUGUUUUUCUGUAGGUCUCGAGUGGGGAGGAAACGGGACGCGUUGAACGAUGGUUUCUAACCGCGUUCCACAAUCGCGCAGUGGAAGCGAACAUGCAGACAGAUGAGAGGAGCGAGCACGAAAGACGCAAGAGUACCUUUGCAUGCAUUCGGCCUCAGAUUUGAGUGAUUUGUUGAUGCAUUUUGUGCCAUUCAAAGGAGAGCGGCCUUUCAGCCACUCGAGUCUCAGACGAAGUCGCUGGCGACCACGGUUAGAGAAAAGAACGUCGUUGUCUGCACUGAAACGAACUGGAAAGUUUUCGUGGACGCAGUCUCCCUUACCGAUGUCGGAGUUUUACUAAGCAGAGAACCCAUCCCGUGAGGAAGAGUGUAACUAAGAGAGUAAUCACUCUGUCAUUUAAGGUGUUCGCGCUUCUUGUUUAGAGUUUAAACGUUAAGUUCACCUCGAACAAUCAAAGAACUGAAAGUCGCGCAUCGAACCUUUCGAGUUUCCAGCCGUGAAUAGGAGAUGUGUCAACUUGAGGGCAUUGAAAACUCAGAACUUGGUUCUUCAACAAGGGAGCUACAAGUGCGAAGCGGCGGGACUAACGAACGCGACGCGACUGUCCUCCUCUUCGGAAUCGCGAAACUCUCACAACGUUUCUCGAGCUGCCAACUAAAGGACCAGA